AUGGCAAGGAAAUGGAUUCCUCAUCAUGAAGUCCUGCUCUUAGCAAUGGUUAUUCUUCUUCCUUUGGCACAAGCAACCGCGCCGGCUAUUUUCAUAUUCGGUGACUCCACCGCUGAUGUUGGUACAAACUCUUUCUUGCCUAAUAGCAAGGCAAGAGCUAACUUCCCUCCCAAUGGCAUUGAUUUCCCACAUUCAAGGCCCACUGGAAGGUUUAGCAAUGGCCUUAAUAGUGCUGAUUUUCUUGCCAAGCUAUUUGGUUACAAGAGAAGUCCACCACCCUUUCUUGCUCUUAACAGUACGACGCUUAAGAGGAGGAGUUUCACAGGUGUUAACUUUGCCUCUGGUGGGUCUGGUCUUCUUGACAUAACCGGACAAUCAACCCUGACCUUAAUGAAGUUUGGAAAAGAGAAAAUCCCAAUUGAUUCCUUAUCAUCCAAGAGCCAAAAGCAUGUUAUUCCAUUUGGAGAGCAAAUUCAGCAAUUUUCCACUGUCAGGGAGAUUCUUGUGGAUGCAAUGGGUUCAAAAGCAGCUAAAAAAUUUCUUUCAAAGUCUCUGUUCUUCAUCAGCACUGGUAGCAAUGAUAUUUUUGGGUAUUACUAUUCAAAAAGUUCUGUAUCCAAGGAAGAGUUCCUAGGCAGUUUAGGAGCCACUUACGAAAACCAUUUGAGGGGUCUACUGAAUCUUGGAGCAAGGAAGUUCGGGGUUAUUGGUAUCCCACCGCUUGGUUGUUGUCCUUCUCAAAGGGUUUUUAAUAUUACCAGCGGAUGUUUGGAGGAGUUGAAUGACCUUGCAAGAGCAUUCCAUCCAAUUUUGGAUGCCAUUUUGUGGAAACUCAGCUCAAAAUAUGAGGGAAUGAAUUACUCCCUUGGAAAUUCAUAUGAAAUGACAAUCAAUGUUAUAGAUCACCCUCUGCAAUUCAAUUUUAAAGAUGAGAAAUCUGCAUGUUGUGGAGCCGGAAAGUUGAAUGGAGAAGCGUUUUGUAGUUCAGAAGCUAACCUUUGUUUGAAUCGCAACGAGUUCUUGUUCUGGGAUUUAUUUCACCCUACACAGGCUGCUUCUAAGCUUGCAGCUUUAACCCUCUAUGGUGGUCCUCCAAGAUUUGUAGCUCCUAUCAACUUCUCUCAGUUGGCUGAUGCAUGCUAA